AGUUUAUAUUAUCGAGCAAAAAUGGCUUCCUCGUAUGGAGUUCGACCACCUUCAUUUAGAAAAAAACAGCCGAGUGCAGAGAACUUUACCUGCCAGAAAUGCCUACAGAAAGGUCACUUCACAUUCGAGUGCACAGGAAAACGCAAAUAUGUUCACAGAGAAUCCCGCUCAAAGGAAAUGGCUAAACGGAUGAAGAUGGAUGAGGAGAAAAAGCAAGCUGAGCUACUAAAUAAAUGCACUUCGAUACAACAUAAAAAGAAAGAAUCCAAGAAGAAAAAAAGAAGGUCUGUCAGUUCCUCUUCCUCCUCAAGUUCCUCAUCCUCCAGCGACUCAUCCAGUGACUCAAGCUCAGAUUCCUCAGAUGAUGAUUCCAGCUCCUCUUCAUCAUCCUCAUCAUCUUCAUCUGACAGUGAUUCUUCUUCAUCAUCUUCAUCAAGCAGUUCUGAAUCUGAAAAAGAAUCUAAAAGAAAGAAGAAGAAGAAGAAACAGAGAAAGUAAUAGCCUGAUCAUAUCAUGCCAUGGACAAAAAGAACUUUAAAAUCUAAUUCAAGUUAAUAUUUUUUAAAACUAAGAUAAGGAAGAAUCAGGAUUGAUAUCUUUUAUUUUUAAUGACCAAAUGUUUUGUAGUAACAAUAAAUUUGUGUAGUCAAAGAUCAA